GUAAAAGUUGACAAAUCCUUUUUAUAAUUUCCUUACAUAAACCCAUUUAGAUAAAUUGGUUUGAAACAAAAGUAUGAUCAUAAAUUAUAAUUAUCUGGUUAUAAUUGUAAUUAAUAGUCAAAUAGGAAAAAAAUAAACCCGCAUGCAUGCUAAUAAACUAUUCUUAUUAAACAAUGAGAUAAAAAAAGAUUACGUGCAAGUGGAAUUGUUUUCACACGUGCAUUCAAAGACGCACAGGAAAGUUGCAGUUUAAACGUUAAUGUCUUUCAUAUUAAAAGUUAACAAAAAAGAAAAAUUGUGAAAAAAAUAUUUUUACUGAUGCGCAAUCGAGAAAAUUUUAUUUAUUAAGCAGAAAAAUAUUUUGUAAACAAAGUUCGCUAAAACAAGAAAAAAGGAAAAAGAAAAUUGAAAUGAUGAAAUAUUUUCUAUUACUAAUGCACUUUGUUUGCACAUUUGCUCUAAAUGCAGAACCAAGAUUAGAAAUUUCCCAAGGAAAAUUGAAAGGCACUGUUUUUAAGUCGAGAAGUGGUAGAAAAUACUCGGCAUUUCUUGGCAUUCCUUUCGCUCAACCUCCGAUUGGAAAUUUAAGAUUCAGAAACCCUCUGCCAGCGAGAAAUUGGAAUGGUGUGCUGAAUGCGACAAAUUUUGGAAAUGUGUGUCUACAACCAUUCCAAAAUGGAUCUAUUGGAAGUGAGGACUGCCUUUAUUUGAAUAUUUACACUCCACCUGGGGCAAAACAAUUACCGGUGAUGGUCUGGAUUCAUGGCGGUAGUUUCAUUGGAGGAAGUGGCAAUAUAUUCCAUGGGAAUUAUCUUCUAGACAAGAAUAUUAUUUUGAUAACUGUCAAUUAUCGUUUGGGAAUUUUUGGCUUCUUUACAUUAGGCGAUUACAAUAGUCCAGGAAAUUUUGGCUUAAAGGAUCAAGUUCUGGCUUUAAAAUGGGUACAAGAGAAUAUUAGGGCAUUUGGAGGUGAUCCAAGGAAAGUAACAUUGUUCGGAGAAAGUGCCGGUGGAGCGUCAGUCAGUCUUCAUGCAAUUUCAAAAGCAAGCAAUGGACUUUUUCACCAGUACAUUAUUCAAAGUGGCAGUUCUCUCAGUCCUUGGACUUGUCAAGAAAGUAGCAUAUUUAAGGAGCCAGUGAUAAAAAUUGCAAAAAUGGUCAACUGUCCCUACAAUAAUUCGAAAAUUCUCGUUAAUUGUCUAAGAGGGAAAAAAGCGAAAGUGCUGUUAAAUACAGAUUCGGCAUUCGAUACUAGUUUAGGUUUUGCACCGGUAAAAUGGGUACCUACAAUAGAACCUGACAAUAAAUUUGCAUUUCUAGCAGAUAGUCCAAAAAAUCUAAUAGACAAAAAUCAAAUGAAAGAUUUACCAUUCAUGAGUGGCAUUGUUACUGACGAAGGAUUAUUAAUUACUCACAGUUUCUAUGCAAAUGAACAAAUUUAUAAUUUCACGAGAAAUAAUGUGAGACAAUUACUGGCAUUCAUUGCAGAUUAUUUUCUCGCUUUGAACAAUACCAAAGAAUUUGUGACAGAAGUUGAAAAAUUUUAUUUCAACAAUUCAUUUAAUUCAUCAAACAAAUUUGAGUUUUUAAAAGGUUUAACCGAAGUUAUCAGCGACGGCGGAUUUAUUUAUCCAGAAUUGAGAAUGGUACAGAAAGUAACGCCAAAAAUGAAAAAUCCAAAUUAUUUAUAUUCUUUUGGUUUUGCAUUUUCACCAGAAAAUAAUGGCGUUGCCCAUGGCUCAGAUGUAGAAUAUUUAUUUCCAUCUUCAAACGUAAAUUUACAAAUGAGCGAAAUAAUGGUAGAUCUCUGGACUUCAUUUGCUAUAAAUGGAAAACCAACAUCAGAUAAAUUAAAUAAGCCCGACAUUUGGAAACCUUACAAUAUAGAGAAUAAUAUUCAUCUUCAAAUUGGAAACAUUAAUAAUAACAUGGAUCCAACUAUUACACUUUCGAAUUCUUUCUAUUCAAAGCGAAUGAAUUUUUGGCAGACUAAAUAUCCGAUUUAAUUUAUCUCUUUAAUAAUUAUCAAAUACAUAAUAUAUUGUCAGAAAAUAUUUGUUAAUAAAAAGCAAAAUUAAAUCAUAA